CUCUCUCUCUCUCUCUCUCACACACACACACACACACACACACACACACACACACACACACACACACACACACACACACACACACACACACACACACACACACACACACACACACACACACACUAUCUCUCUAUAAAUAAUCUCUGUGGCUGGAUGUUCAGGGCAUUUGCCUCAGGCAUCUUGCCACAGUUUUAACUGUUUGACUUGUUGUUCAUUGUCUCAUUCUCUCUUCACUACAGGAAAUGGGUUAUUGAUAAACAUAUUGAUAAAAUCAAUGACAAUACUCAAAGUAAUAAAUUGUACAACUUCCAACAAUAAAAAUGACCAAUGGCAUGAAUUUUACUUUGAAGUAAAAUGUAAAAAAGGUAAUAUAAAGAAAGGACAGUUUAAUUCACAAAUAACAAUGACUUUUAUUCAUCACACAAUCAGAGCACAAUCACACUGGCAAUGCAGCCAAUAGAAAAGGCUCUUCAUCAGAGGUGGAAUUGGAACAGGAAUUAUAGCUAUUUAUCAAGCUAAGCAUUUUCCUGAAAUGUAAUAUUAGCUGCUUUAUUAUCACAUAGAGCAAUAUGGUAUACUGCAGAGGUGGGUGGUUGUCUUGCUGGAAGCAACUUUGGAGUUCAAAACAUCUCAUACAGAAAGUGGUUAUAGUUUAUUUCCCAGCAUGCAACUGUCAAUUUAGACUUGGAAAAGAUCAGCACACAAAGGAUAUUUUGCUGCACACAAUAAACAUAAUAAAUGUAUAGAUAUCUGCUUUCACAUUAUAAUUUUUAAAACCCUAACAGACAGUUCUUGGUUUAAUUAGACCUAAUAUCCUAAUUUCAAUUAUCUUCGUCCCAUCUCAAAUCUUCCCUUUCUUUCAAAAAUCCUAGAAAAAAAUAAUCUCUGUUCAACUCCAUGCUCAUCUCACCCUCAAGAGCCUCUAUGAGCCCUUCCAGUCUGGUUUUCGCCCUGGCCAUAGUACAGAAACUGCACUCAUAAAAAUCACUAACGACCUCCUCAUUGCUGCCGAUGCUGGACUGCUCUCCAUCCUCAUCCUCCUCAACUUGAGUUCGGCCUUCGAUACCAUCUCUCACACCAUCCUCCUCCAUAGAUUGUCUUCCCUUGGCAUUUCUCAUACCCCGCUUGAUUGGUUCCGUUCAUAUCUCUCUGGCUGUGCUCAGUUUAUUCAACUCAAAUCCUUCACUUCCCGUCACUUCCCUGUCACUACCGGUGCCCCCAAGGCUCUGUUCUUGGUCCACUCAUUUUCAUCACUUACCUUCUUCCCCUGGGAAAUAUUUUCCGUAAAUUUGACAUCCAUUUUCAUUGUUACGCGGAUGACACCCAGCUCUAUGUAUCCUCCAGACCCUCCUCUUCACUCCCUCCUUCCUCCCUAACCAAUUGUUUAUCUGGAAUCAAAGACUGGUUCACAUCAAAAUUUCUCAAACUUAACAGUGAUAAAACAGAAAUGUUACUUGUCGGCACUAAAUCUUUACUAUCCAAAAUACACAGCUUUACACCUCCUGUCGACAACUCCUUAGUUUCCCCCUCCCCUCAGGUCAAGAGUCUGGGUGUCAUCCUCGACUCCUCACUAUCCUUCCAGUCCCACAUAAACAAUAUUACCCGGUCUGCCCACUUCCAUCUACGUAACAUUAACUGCCUACACCCCUCCCUCACCACUCACUCAGUCACCAUCCUUGUCCACAGCCUCAUCACUUCCCAUAUUGACUACUGCAACGCUCUUCUCUUCGGUUUUCCUCACAAAUCCCUCCAUAAACUCCAACUUCUCCAGAACUCGGCAGCCCGCAUCAUUACCAGAACUCCCUCCUUCCACCACAUCACCCCUGUUCUUCAGCAGCUCCACUGGCUCCCAGUCACUUCCAGAAUCCAAUUCAAAAUUCUACUACAUACAUUCAAAGCCACCCAUAACCUAGCUCCCCCGUACCUCUCAGACCUCCUUCAUCCUUCAACCUCCACCCGUUCCCUCAGGUCCUCCUCCAUCCACCUCUCUGUCCCACCUUUCCGUCUGGUCACUAUGGGGAGCAGGGCCUUCUGUCGCUCUGCUCCCCAGCUCUGGAACUCACUCCCUCCUGACCUCCGUAACAUUGACUCCAUCACUCUCUUUAAAACCAGACUCAAAACCCACCUGUUCCGUCUAGCAUUCCAAUAAUUACUCUCUUUGCUCCAAUCUGUCUGUUUGUUUUAUGCUGUUUUAUCUUUUAUUGUUGUGUAUUUUAUCUCUGUCUGUAAAGUGUCCUUGAGUGUUUAGAAAAGAGCUGUUGAAAUAAAAUGUGUUAUUGUAUUAUUAUUUUUAAUAAAUGGUAUCAGGAAUCUUCUUCAAAUUUGGGUGGAAGCUUAAUGUGGAGGUAACUUACAGGAUGCUGAUCACCAUCUCAGUCACCUUCUGAGACGGGAGCCAUCAGUCGCCCCAGCAGAGUGUCACCCGAAUAAGGUGAACAGGUGACCAGAACAUGUGGCUCAGCCUAAGGAUCAGCUAGAGAAUCUCUGGCAUGUGGUGCCACAGUGGAUGUACAUCUCAGCUGACUUAAAAAAACACCUGUGGUACGCAGAUGAGUGAAUUGAAUGAGGUGGAGCACAGCCCCCGAACCCAACUCACACGUCUCUCCAUCCACAUCCAAAGCAAUGGCAGGAACUGACACCCCAUCUUCAUCUCGGUCCAUCUUCUUUUUUGUUUGUGUGCUAAUCCUACAAAUUUGCCUUUUGUCCUUGAUCUUUUCAAUUUUAGAUUAACGUGGGACAUAAUUUUACAAGCCCCACAUUAAUUAUUGCAACAGAUUAAGGAAAUGGGAUACACCUUGAUGAAAAGGUAGCAUGUCAGUAGAUUGUCUAGCUGGCUCAGGGGCUUGACCAGAACAUGCCCUCCACAAGACACAAGGGUUCGUGUGACUCUCGGACCUAGUUCCAGGGCCCUGUCAUAUGAUCUGAUACACAAUUAAAACCCAAACAUCCACAAUUCAGGUGUUAUUAUGGAAACAAUGUCAAGGAAAAGAGGUGAACAGAAGGCCAGCUGGCUCAUUUGUCCCCAUUGUCCACUACUUCUAAACCUGUAUCUGGAACAUCUGUUCUGCAUGACGAAAGAAACGCUGCUGAAAAAACAAAAAAUUAAUUGAAACAUUAAAGAUUAGACAACUUUGAUUUUAAAUUCUGUCAUUGCACUUUACUUCUUGAAAUUUGGUCAACUCUUAAACAUCUAAAAGACUGCCAAAAGUUAGAAAUGCACAUGUUAAUAUUAUUGUUACAAGAAAAAUAAAUAAAUAUAUUUAGCUUACCUUUAUUCAUCUCAUUUGCAAUGAUUUUUCCUGAUUUCCACAGAGGUCAACUUGUUGACUAAAGUUGGACACUUUGCAUGAGCUGCAUGCUUCAGGUCCAAUGAGAGAAGAUGCAGGUAUGGAUUUUUAAUCAGUCCUGCAUCUGUUCCAGUCCUCUUUGCAAAUUCUUUGAACAUUUUAUGUUUUUAUCUUUUUACAUGCCCCAUUUUAACAUCUGCUCCUUAACUUAUCAAUUGAAUCUGCAAACCUUACAUUUCCAGUGUAGGAAUCAAAACUCAUGUCUUGCGUGGUGGCGUGAAAUUACUCAGGUCCACAAACUCAAUAACAAGCAAUCCCCACUAACAAACACAUGCAGAUUGCUUACCAUCUUUAAUGGCAAUUUUUUUACUGAGCACAUCUGAAAUAAUGGAAUUUUAUUUGUUGUGAAUGACUUUUACCUACCACCAGUGAUGGGAAUAACGCCGUUUAAAAUAACGGUGUUCUUUUUUUUGGGUAACGGAAUAAUCUAAUUAAUUAUUUUUCCCACUGUUGCAACACCAUACCGUUACUGGGGACGGAUGGUUGUGCGUUACUAUGUGCUUGUCGAACGUUGAGCAACAGUGUGAGGCUUUCUGACCGCCGCACUUCAGCUGCAGCCAGGGAGAGAGGUGUCGAUAACGCACUUACAAACACGAUGAUGAUUGGCCGGGUGGGCGGAGACCCUCACUGUCUCAGUCACUGCAUGCUGUAGACACAACAGAGCAGUGAUGGGAAUAACGGUGUUUAAAAUAACCGCGUUACUAAAAAAAAUAUUUUUUUCAGUAACGUGCAAACUAAUUAAUUACCGUCUUCUUUUAACAAAACGAUUGUUUCUGUUACUGAUAAGGAAAUGAGUGCGUUAAGCUGCAUGGUGUGUUGAAGCUGUCAUCAGCUGAUCAGGAGCUAAAGAGGCAGAUGUUUUCAUCCAAGCACAUCACGGCCCGUGAAGAACGAGGAAGACGUGAUGAAUUGUCUACGGCUGCAGGUGUGGAUCUGCAGCCGUGCCCUCAGCAUGACAGUGGGACGUCCUGAGGGUCCGCUCACCUGUUCACCGCUCAGACGUCACGAUCUUCUACCUUCCUAGAUCAUCCAGCUGUAACUUGUUUCUGAUCAUUCUUUAGUGCCGCUGUAACACUGAUGCAUCAGUCUCAAACGACAUGGAGCUCAGGUGUUAUUAGAACUACCUGUGUGUGUUUACCACCCAGCUUCAGCUCUUCUAUGUUUGGGUCUGACCCAAGUUACUAAAUGUAAGCCCUCCAUCAGGCUUGUGCCUCUUCUAGCGUCAUUUUAAAGGAUUUUAUUUAUUUAUUUAACCAUUACUAGAUUACCAGCAACAGAAAUGCUACUAAAAACACACAAUUAUGUGAAGCUGGAAAAAUUAGAAUGCUGUGCAAAAUUACAUUCAUUUCUGUAUUUUAACUAGACUGAGAGACUAUUUAAAGGCUCGGGAACCUUUACAUGUGUUUCUAUUUGCAAUUUUAAAUUUCAGUUGAUUGGGGUCUUGUUAAAUAUCACACAGUGACCUUUUAAUAGUCUAGAUAAGUGUAAUGUUCCUGUUAGUAGUUCCUCCUGUUAAGUGCUUAUUUAUUUAAAUUAUGCAGGUUCAUAAAAAACAUUUGGACACACAUUUUAUUAUGUUCCAGUCAUUAGUCAUUUAUAUUUCACUAUUGUAGUAAUUCAUAGUAAAUUGAGUAAGUUCAGUUAACCCAUUUUUCUUGCAUUCUUUAAUGAAAAAAGUAACUAAGUAGUUAUUUUUCUUGGUAAUUAGUUACUUUUGUAAUCUCGUAACUCAGUUAGUAACUGAGUUACUUUAUUGAUAAAGUAAUUAGUAACUAUAACUAAUUACUUUUUAAAAGUAACUUUCCCAACACUGCCUACCACCACAUAAAAUUGCAAAAUAGUUAUUUUUGUUCUCGCUUGGUGGCCAUCUUGAACACAGUCGAACCCCAAAGUCAGUGAGUGGUUAAUCUAGAAGUUACUUUCUGGAAGUUUCUCAACAAUUUUGUUUCACGAGAUAUUUUGAGAUGGCAUGCAAACACAGACAGACAGGCAAAAACAUUAUUGACUGCCUUUGGUGGCAAGUGAUGGUAAGACACAAUGAUUGUGAUACGGUCUUGGCCAAAUACUGUAUGUAAAGAUAAAUGACUUGUCUCCAACUACUUCCACUCUACAAAAGUGAAUCUUUAGUAUCCAGUUUACAAAGGCAGCCAUGUUGAGUUUUUGAAACCAGAGUCUGGCCAGUUAUGACGGGGGACUGGAAGGCCUGCCUACUAAACUUAAUGACAUAUACAACUUUAUGUAUUCUAUUUAACUAGUUUAACUUUGCAGUCACUUACCUUUGCACUAGUAAAUGCUUUGGUUUAGGAUUGGUCCCUGUAGUCCAAAAGUCACUGAGUGAAUAAUACUUGUAGAUCAUUUAAUAAUGGUCAUUUAGUUGAGUAUUUUAAUAUUUUCAACAGCUCUACAUGAUCUGGCACACUGCUGGUGCCUAGAGAAAGACAUAUUUAUUUCUGAUCACCUCAUGAACAUCAUAUCAGUCAAACAAUCCACUGGUCUCAGAAAAGAUCAAUGUGAGUCAGGCAAGAUGGUGAACCGUCUGUGACCCAGUUUGGUGUAAUUAUCUGAUAUCUUUGUUGCAAAACGGUGACCAAUCAUGAGAGAUGUAGAGCAGAAGCAGUAUACCAGGAAUAGAGGUCAGGUCAUGAAAACAUUAAAAUAAUAGGAACAAAAGGAUGCAUAGAAAGUGAGUGCAUAUGUCAUGGUUCGGUGUUUUGGCCCAGGAACAAGGGAAGGAGUAAACGGAGGUAGGCAGGUGAACCUAAAAAAUUUUUAAAUAAAAAACAGGAACCAAAGUGAUGAACAAGUACUUCUUGAGAAGGAACCAGCAUAACCCUAACCCUAAAACAACAGGGUGCUGCAUUAGCAGCUAAACAACAGGAGGAACUGACAGAUAGAAGUAGAGCGCAGCAAUUUAAAUAAAUGUGACAACAAAGUAAUAGUAACAAACCUGUAGAUCUCUUUUGUGAGGCAACAGUGCAACCAACUGAAACCAUUAUGAUAGACUGGCCAGUCAUGCCAAUGCUUCCUUAUGGGAAGCAAAUAGCCUGGUAGCUCUCCCAUUCACAUAACCCCACCCCCUGAGACUUCUAACCAAGCCAGUUAGUGCUGAGCAGUGUAUGUCACACACCGCAAUGCUCAGUUUCUCAUAAACAAUAAAGCGGAGUUCAAGGCAGCUCUUUUCUCUCUUCUAAAUGUCUUGGACAACAAUAAUAAUCACCAAAAGUCUUUUUUCGAAAGAAAGAUGUUGGCGCCAUCACCAGAUGCCAUUUUUGACUACAGCUAAAAAACGGCAGCGUCAUGCGAUACAAUCGUCAUUUCCGUCUUUUUUCUGAUUGAUUAUUUUUGAGCUGGCUAGUCCCACCCCUCAUGGUGCUCUCUGCCUCUGAGUAUCCAGACUCAUCCUCUGUGUGGAAUAGACAGAGGAUGAAUCUGGCAGGUCAGGCUACCAUUAUGCAGCCCUAUUCUGCAGAAUGCAUGAGCUAUAAGUGGAUGGCUGCUUAUACUGAGCCUGGAUCCUCUGGAGGUUUCUACCUGUUGAAAGGGAGUUUUCCUCUCCACUGUUGCUACAUGCUUGCUUAAUAUCAGUGUAAAUACACUGACACUAGUCAGUGAGUGCAAUCUGCUGGGUUCCUUAUAUAGGAAACUUGGCUUAAUGAACUGAACUGUACUGAAAUGUUUACUUUGUGAAGUGCCUUGAGAUGGCUCUUCUUGUGAUUUGGUACUAUACAAAUAAAAUGAAUUGAAAUGAAAAUCAUAAAUUACAGGAGAAAAUGGAAAUAUACUGCAUUUUGCUACAGACCAAACCUUUUAGGUUAACUAGCAACCAUUGAUUGUCUCUGAGUGUGGUGUUUCCACCUCUCACCUGGUGAACAAGGGGGAGGGGGUAAAGGUCUGAGGACAAUGGACUUCUUCCUGGGAACAGAUGGGAAUUAUGAGAGCAUUAAAGGCUUAAAUAAGGAGGCUGCAGCCUUUUACCCAGGGGGGACACAACCAUGUGAGUAGUGACCCAGCACCAGACCAAUCAAAAAUAAUUACCAUUCACCAGUGGCAGCUCCAGAAUUUUUUUUUCUGCAGGUGCUAUGAAGGAAGUGGUCAUGCGUACAUAUUGUUCUCUAAAACAUCUUCAACACUAGCAGAUACACGUGUUUACAAAACCUCAACAACACCUGAAACAAUCAUUAAUUUAAAUCAUAAACAUAUGAACAAUCACUGACUUUUCCAUGAAAUCAAAAAUACAUACAGCCACACAGAAAACCAUCUAUAGUGUUGCAAGGUUAGCUAACGUUAGUGUUAGCAUUUCCAGCGCCAACACCCUUGACUGCUGCGGCGGUUGAGGGUUGACUCUAUUCAUCCAGAUCCGUAGGUUUUUGUGGGUCUGAGAUCACUUCCAAAGAUUCAUUCGUUACUGACUGAACCUGUGGAAAUUUGGGCAAAAAAACCGAUCCAUUUUACCACUAGCUCUACCUUUCACUCGUUCGCAGGUGGAAAAUGAGGUCAAAGGUCAACAUCAAUUUCCUGUUUUGGUUUAAGUUUUUUACUAUCUACUGUAUAUGAUAAUUUACUGAUUAUUUUUGUUUUGUAUGUUAAGUAUUAUCACAUCCACACGUUAACUAAAAAUUAAAUUGUAAAAAAACCAAAAAUCUAAUAUUUACUUGGGGGUGCUACGGGGGUGCAAUGACUAAUCCAGGGGUAGCUAUAGCGGCCCCUAGUGCCCCCCCCCAGCGCCACCACUACCAUUCACUGAGAUAAGCAAUUUUUAUUUAAACAUUGUAAUGUUCUGUAGUGAUUAUUGACAAAUACCGAUGCUGACCUUGCAUUAAGGAUGAUCAACAAAUCCUUUUAUGACCAAGCAGCACAAGGAAUCUCUUUUAAAACUGUAACUUGUAUUUGUUAUAGCAUCUUCAAGGGAUCUACAACCCCCCAAGGUGCUUUACAACACAUUUGGGGUAACAUUCACAUUUUUAUCUCAAUGAGAAACGCAAUUUUUUUAAAUUUUGUGCUACAUCAAUUAGGCAUUAAAGAUUAAGUUAUCCCUAAUGCUUCAUAGGCAGCAGAUUUUCCUUUAAGUGAUUUCCAGUAAUAAGCACAAGGUCUUAGCUGUACAACUGAACACUGCCCUGGAGACAGGACACCACAGCCCAAAAAUGUUCACGUGUACCUUUCACUUUAUUCUGCCAUCAAGUAUGCAGUCUUUAUGGGGGAAAAAGACAAGGAAACAAGAAAAUCAAUUGAUCUAUUCAGGCUGGAAACACCAAAAAGGGUAUAGUGUUAAAAAAUGACCUACAGUCAUGGUCAAAAGAAAAGAGACAAAGACGAUUAUCAAUGGCACAAAGCUAGUUGCCUCAGGAUUGUUUUAAAAAAUCUUUUUGUUACAUUUUUUUAUUUGAGUUAUUCUUAAAAUCUUUGUCCAUGCAUGUAAUGUUAAACAGAUUAAGAAGAUCAGACACUUGUAAAUACAAGAGGCAGAGAUAUAAUCUUUGUCAGAUUCUCUAAAAACGUGUGAUUGCUCCUAACCGAACACACUUCUGUUUGUUUUCUGGCCGCCUCUUAGAGAUCAGUGUCACACCUGCUCUUCUUUUCGCGUCAAAACAUUGAGCCUACAUUCGUCAGUGUGACCUGUAAACCCCCUUUCCCCCCAUACACACAAUGUAGCAAGAAGUUCAGUGGGACACUGCAGGGAGAGUAGGGUUUCCAUAAAGGAGGAUGAUCUUUCUCGAUAUUUUCAAAUUUCCUCCGAGGAGAGGAACUGAGUAGAGGUGGACCCACAGAGAAGAAGCCACUGCUACAAGGCGUGGCGUAUCGUCUUGUCUGUGAAGAACUUUAAGAUCAAACAAACUCCGGGAAUCAUUUUCUUCUCCAGUUUUCUUCUCUGAAUGUGUUUUGGCAUCAGGUGAGAUCACAGUAAACCUGGAAGGUUAGUAUGAAUUUUAUUUUAAUUUCAGAAUACAUUUCUCACUGUUUGCCCUUCUGUUUGUUUGUUCGUGUGUGUGUGUGUGUGUGUGUGUGUGUGUGUGUGUGUGUGUGUGUGUGUGUGUGUGUGUGUGUGUGUGUGUGUGUGUGUGUGUGUGUGCACCUGUAGCAUGCUGCUGCUUGUGUUGAAAUGCACUUUGCUGUGUGUGCUGAUGGCUGGGACAGCAUGCUCCUGCAUGCUGAAGAAUCACACCAUAUGGAUCGAGACACAAAACUGCACCCAGUGUGUGGCUGUCAACACAACCAUCUGCAGUGGCUACUGCUACACAAGGGACACCAAUCUGAAGGGCCGCUUUGGAAGGGCUUUACUGAUCCAGCGUAGCUGUGCGCCUCUCUCCCUGGUGUACCAAACUGCCUUCCUUCCUGGCUGCCCUCGGGAUGUCAACCCACAUAUAUACUACCCCGCGGCCCGCUGCUGCAGCUGCAGACGCUGCGACACGCGCACACACCACUGUGUCCACCCUAGACCUUUCUCCUAUGAUCAGUGCACUAUCACACUUGGCGGUGAGGAGAAGCAGAGCCGGAAUUGCUUUGGAAACAUAACACAAUGCUAAUAAAUACACCGCAUAUGAAAUGACAGAAAUAAAUCAGAUGGGCAAGUUGUAUUUCUGCUAGAUGUUGUUGUUGUUGUUGCACAUUUCUGCUCAUGAUUUUCUACUUUGUUUUCUGUAACCUGGUAGACAAUAAAACACUGUUCCAAGCAUUGUUUUACAU